AUGGCUCAACCACCUCCUCAGCUUCCACCUGGCUGGGCUGCUCAAUGGGACCAGAAUGCCGGUCGUCAGGUCUACAUCGAGACCGCUACAGGUCGCACUAGCUGGCAGCCGCCCAACGCUGCCAAUGGUGUUCCUCCUCCUCAGCAGCAACAGCAGCAGCAGCGUCCCACCCACCCUCAAGGGCAGGCCCGGAUGUCGAUGCCACAGAUCCAGCCUCCACCAGGGAUGCGAGGCCCUUCGCUGAGCCCCAUCCCUUCGCACGGUCCAGGUGCUCCUCUCAGCCCUCCCGCCGCUGGUGGCCCUCCUCCUGCAUCUAUCGGUCCUGGUGCCAGCCGUAGGCGAGCUUACCCCACCGCCCAUCUUGCUGCCAACAGCAUCAGCUAUGCCGGUGGCUACGAUGCAGGUGCUGCUGCCACCACUGCUGCCACCACUGCUGCUGGUGCCGGUGCUGGAUACCCUGGCCCACACGGUGCUGGACAGCCUCAGCUCUUUACUCCCGGUGCUCCUGAGCCAGUUCCUUCACCAUACGCAGCCGCUCAGCCCGCUCUUGUUGCUCCGGCUAUGGCUCCUGCAUCCGCUAUGCCUGCUGGUGCUGCUCCAGGCUACCCAGGAAGCGCCGUUCAGGGUCUCACCAACCAGUUCCAGGGCAUGGGCAUGGGCGGCGGUGUGGCCGGUGGUAUGGCUCAAAAGUUGAGCACCUUGCAAACUGUCAACAUCAGUGGUGUUCAACCCAACGUCAACGACCUCGAGCGUCCCCCUCCUGAGAUUCGUCUGCCUCCCAACGCAUGCAUCUCCUCCAACCCCGAAGCCAACGCCGACCCUUCUUACCAGCGAUGUACUCUCAACGCCAUCCCUACCACCUCUUCGCUCCUCCAAAAGUCCAAGAUCCCUCUCGGUCUCAUUCUUUCCCCCUACCGCUCCGUUCGCGAGGCUGAUGGUGAUCAGCCCGUCCCCGUAGUGAGCGAUACUGUCAUCGCACGUUGCCGCAGAUGCCGAACCUACAUCAACCCUUACGUCACCUUCAUCGAGAACGGCAAUCGCUGGAAAUGCUGCAUGUGCAACAUCAGCAACGAAGUGCCCCAACUCUUUGACUGGAACUCGGAAACCAACCAGCCCGCCGACCGAUGGCAGCGUCCCGAACUUAACCACAGUGUCGUCGAGUUCAUCGCUCCCCGAGAAUACAUGGUUCGCCCUCCUCAGCCUCCCGUUUACACCUUGCUCAUCGACGUCAGCUACCAGGCUAUCAACAGCGGUAUGGUCGCCACUGCUGCUCGCACCAUUCUCGAGACCCUCGACCGUUUGCCUAACUCGGACGACCGCGCUAAGAUCUGCAUCAUCGGUGUCGACACCAGCCUUCACUUCUUCAGCAUCACCCCGGAGAGCACCGAGCCUGAGAUGCUCGUUGUUAGCGAUCUGGACGACGUCUUCCUUCCCAAGCCCAACGACUUGCUCCUCAACUUGACCGAGUGCAGGGCUGGUAUUGAGGCUUUGCUUCACAGGUUGGGUGAUAUGUACAAGGACUCGCUCGUCACUGGCUCUGCCCUUGGUGCUGCUUUGCAAGCUGCAUACAAGCUCAUCUCGCCCAUCGGUGGUAAGAUCAUGGUUCUCACCGCUUCCCUUCCCAGCGUCGGGCCUGGUGCGCUCAAGAACCGAGAGGAUCCCAAGUUGCUCGGUACUGCCAAGGAGAGCACGCUUCUCGCAGCAGCUUCGUCCUUCUACAAGACCUUCCCCAUCGACUGCUCGCGAUCGCAGGUCUCGGUCGACAUGUUCCUCUUUGCCUCUUCGUACACCGACGUUGCCACGCUUUCCUGCCUGCCUCGUUACACUGGUGGUCAGACUUUUUUCUACCCUGCUUUCCACGCCGGUCGCUCAGAGGAUGCAGUCAAGUUCUCUCACGAGUUUUCGCAAGUGCUUUCCAGCCCGAUCAGUUACGAAGCUGUGUUGCGUCUUCGUGCUACCAAAGGUAUCCGAGCUACUGCAUUCCACGGUAACUUUUUCGUUCGAUCUACCGACUUGCUCGCUCUGCCUGCUGUUCCUCUCGACCAGAGCUACGCCAUCGAGUGCGAGAUUGAAGAGACCAUCAACGCACCCUUUGUCGUCUUCCAGUCCGUCGUUCUGCACUCUACUAGCUCGGGCGAACGACGUAUUCGUGUCGUCAACUUGGCUUUGCCUACCACCAGCUCCAUGUCGGAAGUCUAUGCCAAUGCUGAUCAGGUUGCCAUCGCUACCUUGCUCGCAGACAAGGCGGUGGAGCGUUCGAUCCACUCUCGUCUUGAAGACGCGCGUGAUGCACUGUUCAACAAGCUAGUGGACAUCUUCUCGACCUACAAAUCCACCAUGACUUCUGCGGGUAGUGGAGCAAGCCCGCAGCUCAGCAUCGCACAGAACAUGGCUCAACUCCCUUUGCUCGUUCUUGCUUUGCUCAAGCAUGUUGGUAUUCGACAAUCCUCCUCGAUCCCUUCCGACCUACGUGCAUACGCUCAGGCACUACUCACAACCCUCCCUGCUCAACAAUUGCUGCCUUAUCUACACCCCAAUUUCUACUGUCUUCACAAUAUGCCCCCGGAAGCAGGCACCAGCCUCCCGGACAAAGGUGGUUUUAUCAUGCCGGCGAAACUCAACCUCACUUCGGAAAGGUUCGAACGUCAUGGGUUGUACCUGAUCGAAGAUGGGCAGAAUAUCUUCCUGUGGGUUGGUCGAGAGGCAGUUCCGCAGUUGUGUAUGGACGUCUUUGAUGCAGCUAAUUACGGUGCGCUUAGGGGUGGCAAACUUACCUUGCCCAAGUUGGAGAAUAGUAUGAAUCAGAGGGUGAAUGCCAUCGUACAAACGAUCAGGGAGAGUAGAAGGGGACCCUACAGACCUCAUCUCUAUGUGGUCAAGGAGGAUGGAGAGCCGAGUUUGAGACUAUGGGCGCUGAGUUUGUUGAUCGAGGAUAGGUUUGAGCAGACGCCGAGUUAUACGCAGUUUUUGGGUGAUUUGAGGAACAAGGUUAAUGGUGGAUCGUAA